AUGUUGUCACACGCCACUGUGAUUCGUAACGCCCCCCAACAAGACCUACUAAACGAGUUGCACACUUUCAUAAAGGGGGCCCUCAAGUUGGAGCGCUGCAACUUGCUCGAUCUCACAAAAACGGCUUUAAGACUCUUGAAAAACAUACCGGCAGCUCGCACGGCUUUAUUUGAGUUUUUCAGUAACGUCUUCAGCGAAGCUGCGGCCAAUUACAUCCAAGCUGUGGAGAAUGAGCUCAAAACGGGCGAGGUCGCCACGCAGUCAGAAACGGACGAAGCCGUCGUGUCGGAAAUUCACACCGUUUUGAGCAACUUUAUAAGUGAUAACCCCACGGCCUGGGCCCCCAUUGUGAGCACCUGGUCGUUGGAUUUGCUGGGGGAGGUGUCGACGAAAUUUGCGGGGCGGGCGCACAUUUCGACGAAUUUAAAUGAAACUCUCCAACUUUGGAUGAACUGCAGAGCCACCAAAAUCCUGGUCGAUAUCAACACGAAAUGUCUCUCGAGUCUCAUGCACUCGGAUACUGAAACUUGCAUCAACGCGCUUUUGGACACUUCGGUCAAACAUUCGCCUAAUUUUGACUGGGUUGUGGCUCAUGUUGGGAGCUGUUUUCCCUACACUGUCAUUACGAGAGUGUUGUCGUGCGGUUUGAAAGACUUUUGCCAAAUCAAGUCGUACGAACAGGGGAGUAAUUCGCCAAAGUUGCGCUCAGUUGUGGGGAUUUUGGGCCACUUGGCUGGGAGCCACAGCAAGGACAUUAGGUCGGCUAUUUUGGAGAUGUUUCAAUGGAGCACUAAACAGGAGAGUCAAGACAGUGACGCAAAUAAAUUGCAGAAGAAAGCCACAGUGCCUUUUAUAUUGCAGUUGUCUUUUCUGUCUUCAACGUUGUUUUCGUCCAUUUGUAACGAUAUGAAGCACAUACUUUCAGUUGAGACAAUUUACAAACUGUGUUCUUUUGUUGAAGACUGGUGUCGGUAUUUUGGCUCAAAUGAGAUUUUAGAAGAUCUUUUACUGACUCUAAUACUAAGCUGUGAUAAUGGCGGUAUUCAGAUCGUUAAUUUAUUGCUAGAUUGCAUAUCAGUUGAUGCCAAACCCAAUGACGCAACAACGCAAGCAAUUAAAGAAAAAUCGCUUGAAAUAUUACAAAAUGUGAUCUAUAGAAUUGACGAAAACGUCCGAAACGACAAACGCAUCGAACUGCUCACAUCCUGCUCCCACGACUUGGACGAAGUCCACAAAAACCUCCUCAGUGUGAAAGAGACCCGAUCUCAAGUUGCGGCCCAAAUAGUUAUUUUUUUGGGCCACAACAACCCCUCACUCCUGAUUCGUUCGGUCAAUUUCAUGUUCCAAAAUUCCCAAACUGUAGAACACUUGAGUUUAUUGGUAAAAAUUUUAACACAUGAACUUGUAAACAAGACCACUUGGCCGUAUUCUGAAAAAGGGGGCUAUUUCUCCGUCGUGCUUGAGCAGGUUUUGAGCAGAAACGUGCGCCAGAAACAGGACAUGGGCCAGACUUGGACCAACUUAUUGACUUUAUUGAAGUGGGAAAAAAGUGGCCGCGUUCCGCUACUAAACUCCCAAAUUAUAUCAAAAGCAAUUCUGAGCAAUUUAGUCAAAUUUUCGGCGAUUUUUGGGAGCGAGACGGCCCACGUGCAUAUCAUUUCGGAGAUUUUGAGCCAGUUGGAGAUUCCGGUUGGUAAUAAUUUGGAUAACUUGCCGGUUGAUGUUGUCCUGAAUUUGACUCAAUCGACGGUGAACUAUUUUUUUAUUUGUUGCAACGAGGAAGGCACUUCCAAGAAGACGAAAGGUUUUAAACGUAUCAACGGUCUUUUACGCCGCUUGUGCACCCAUUCAAAGGUGGCAAGAGUUCUAGCUUUGCGCGAAUUGCUGGAGCGCGCCUUAUUUCGCAAAGACAAUGUUUUGUUCGGUGCCAAAAACGCCCAACAUGACGAGAGUUCAGAGAAAUUGUUGCUGAAACAAAACAAAAAAAUCAACAAAACAAUUCCAUUGACGAAACAUUCGUCGGUGUUUAACGGUGGGAUUAUCGGCCGUGGCAAGAGAAAACUUCUUCCACCAAACGAUUUACCUCCCGAAGUCGUUGCCUCCAACACUUCCGAGCUAAUCAACGCAAUAAAAUCCUGCUGUUCGCUGCCGGAAGACGUCGAUUCGAAAUUCUCAGACAUAUCUCUCGAAAGUGUGACUUUGGUGUCGCUUUUGUUGGUCCAGUUUGUCAGUCCUGACGUGAUGUAUAACGGGCUUCCAUGGCCCGAUGAGGAAUUUUCCAAAGUUACAAUCGAGCGAGACCUGUUUAUUAGACGCUUAUUUGGCAAUGCGCCUGUUUUGUGGGACUUGUUGAGCUUUGUAGCUGUGUACAGACCGGCCUUUUGCUACUGCUCUGUUUUAAUUCGGGCCCUAACGGCCACUCUGAUCCACCAAUGGAAGAGCACAGGCGAGCAGAGCAAAUCACACGUGACUGAGAAUUACAAGGCUUUAAUGAAUACGACUGUUAAAGUUAUUGAUGUGAUGGCUUUGGGGCAGCUUCUGCCGCCCCCUUUGUCCAGUAUUAGGGACGUUCUGCCUAGUUUGAAGUGUUUCGAGAUUGUUGCAAUUUUGAAAGAUUGCAUUUGGUGUUAUAUGAGGGACCACAUACCGUCCCCAGCUUUGUUUGUUUGUGACCAGAACGGUAUACAUUGGAGGGACCCCACAUUAUCAAGGCCAACUGAGGUGUAUACCAACACUUUAAGGAUUAUUAUGCAGAGGAAUAUCGAGGCUUUGGGACACAUGUAUGCACAGAUGUUUAUUAAUAUACCGAAACAUGAAGGCGAAUAAAUGAGACGGUAAAAAAUUGGGUAUUUUAUUCAAGUAUAGAAAUGUAAAUUGACACUUAUCCUCGUUAAGUUUUACAAAUUUACAUAAUAUCACACGAUAAGGUACCUUUAACGACGAAAUGCGGCGCCUACUUCACCAAUCAACAAUUGAGUUGGCAACACUGAUCUGAAACAAUCUACUGUCUCUAAUAAUUCAGUGUUGCCAACUUAAUUUUAAAAUCACAGGUCUACGGAGAAGUAAAUGCUAGGAGGCGAAACGAGAUACAAAAUGAGUCGACCUUUUGCCUCCUGAAGUACUAUUUUGAUAAAGUUUGCCAAAAGCAAGUCCAAAAAUUGAAGAAUUGGGUAGAAAAUUGUGCUUUGCUUUUUCUGAGCAUUUAAGCAUUUUUUUGGACACUUUGUUUCAAUAUUUUGACAAUAUUUUGAAGUGCUAGAAUUGAUAACUCUUGGAAAUUUUUAUUAAAUUAAUUUCUAAUACUUUGUAUCUGCCUGUAAUUUUAUUUGUCUUGUGUUCACUGUUAUUUAAGUACAGCCAUUAUUUUACUUCAAGAGCUCGGAACAACUGAGACGCGUUAUUUUUCCGUUGUGUCACAUCCUAGUAUUUAGGAAUCCGUUCACAGAAAUUUUGCUUACAGGCACCGAAAAAAAUUGGGCUAAAUAAAUCUUAAAAACCCAGGGUGUUAUGUAAACAAAUCAAUGUUUAUUAUUUACGUAACAUUCUGUAAACUUACCAAAAAAUAAACCAAAAUGCAAAAUAAGUAACAAGCGAUACAAAAAAAAAUUCAGAACUCGUGCAAAUUGCAGUGGAGCUUCUUAAAUUGUUUGUCACUCAAAAAUUGCCAUCUCCGUCCCAUAAUUUGGCUGAUUUCCUGCUCUACUAACUCGUACGAGCGGCUGUUGAUUUUAAGCCAGGUGUAGAACUCGUCGCUCCAGUCGGGAUUUUGCGGCCAAUCACAACGUAUUAUCACAGCGUUUCCUCUAAUAAACAGACACUUCAAAUUUUUACCGGUGUAGGCCAGCAGCAGAGCCGUUGCGGUCGAAAUUCGUUCAGUAACAAUCUGGAACAUUUUUCACUAAAGUGACACCCAAACUCCGCAACUUACUAAAGUAUUCAAGUGGAGACAUUGCCGCACGAGCAGCAUCAAACUACUGUCAACGCGCUCGUAAAACGACUUGUUUCGGUGGAACCGCGGAAUAUUUUUGUGGCCAAAGACUCGGAGCGUGUCUUUGUAGAACUCAAUCGCAGUCAUUAAGGCAUCCUCUCUCAGCUGAAACAAGUUGGAAGAAAAAAUAAAUUAUUAAAGAAUAGAAUUGUACCAUAAUGUGGGGCGAAUCGUACAGGACUGUACUGACAGGAGCCCCCUGUUGCCAAAUCAGCGGUUUUUCUUUGAGACUUUCGAUCUGUAAGUGGACUCUCAAUUCGGGAUUAUUUUUUCGGGCCAGUUUCCACGUCUUGAAGUCCACUGGUUUCAUGUUGAUGUCGUUGGGGGUGUACCUGUUUUGUAAAAUAUGAAUGUGUCUUAUUUUCGUGUGGCUGAGAAGCUCGAUUAUGUCGUCGCCCAAGUUUUGCGGACUGAUGUACAAAACCUAGAAUUU